AUGUAUCGGAAGUUGUCUAAGUUAGAACACUCGGAAAUAAAACAACUUCUUACAGAAGCUAACAUAGAUGUUGCAAAACAUUACGCAACAAACAAAAAAGCACUCGCUGACUUCAUUAAAGACUACAAUGGUGCAAUAAGUUAUGAUAGAAUUCAUGAGUUCAUAAAGCCGCAACGCGGCGAGGACGAAGUCCAUGCAAGAACUUUUCCUUUAAAUGACGUUGCUAUUGACUUAUAUCAUAGACGUUCAAUACCUCAUGAAGUAAGAAGAGAAAUGUUUGACAUAACAAAUGCAAACGUUGGUGAAACAAGAAGAAGAGACGACACACUGAAACAACAGAGAAGAGAGAUGUUUAAAAGUGCUAUAGAACAAGUUCGCAAAGCUAACGAUGUCAUUCGUUCCAUUGACGACAAACCAAAAGAAGGUGAGAGAUGGUUAAAGAAAGAUGAAGAGAAUAGGAAGAGAAAUGUGAAGUCAGGCAAUAGACUCAUUGACUUUAACAUCGAAGCUUUAGAUGAACCAAACAGAGACUACUUACACAAACAUUUCGGUAAGGUUUUCAUGAGACUCUUAGAGAAAAUUAAAAUAAACUCACAACAGAGAUGGAUGGUAUGUUAUAAACUUGGUGGAAAGUAUGAAUGUUCUACGUUAAACCUCAAUAAUAUUGGAACAUUACUACAUCAGCUCUUGAAGGAGAACUUUAUAUCAGAGAUAGAAGCAAAUGCUGCAGGUAUUGUUGAAAUGCACUAUGACUUCUUCUUGACAAACAUAAAGAAUCUUACUGAAAUAAAGAUGUAUGAUUUAACAGAAUAUGAAGGCUUAACGAUGUCAGAUGUAAAGAAAGGCAAACCAAAAAAGAGACCAUAUAGAGAUGAAAGCACACUGACAAAUGACCAGAAAGCCAUUUUGGAAGCUCUUAA